UUUUUUUUUUUUUUUGAAAACAUUUUUCCAAAUGGUUAGAUUCACGUAUAAUGUGAAAUGAAUAUUCCUCUUCUGCUCCACACUUCUUAACAGUAGUGAUUCAUCCCCAUUGUGUGAAGAUUUUUAAGCAGAUGACCGUUUCUUGUUAGUAGUCCAAUCAGAAUGCUUAUUUAAUAUUUAAUCAUAUUUUUGUCCAACCAUUGUCCAAUCAUAACUAUUGUGUCCUGGUAUCCAUGCUGCGUAACUUUAUUGAACCUUGCUAGUGAUUCUAAUGUUCUGUGGUGUCGCUAUUCAUAGUCCACAUACCUAAGUUGUGGAAUCUUGUUGUGCUAUAUCUUUAGUAUUAGAUUUAACCUAUAGGUGUAUAGGAGUUAAUCCAAUUAGUGCCUUCAGCGCCACUAUUUGUGUGGUUCUUAUCGCUCCGGUAAUGGUUAUAACAGCCAUUCAUUGAAUGCAUUACACCCAAAGAAAAACCUCAAUCAAUUUUGAUAGAGAAAUUUUAUCAAGGGUUUAUGAUAAUGUUUUAUUAAUACGAACAAAAUAAUUAUUCUUAUGAAUAAUUAUUGUUCAAGACAAGAAAAAAAAUCAUCAUAUUGAUAAAUGUAUCAUAGAUUCAAUAGUAAUGAUAUAUUUAUCAAAUUGAACAAUGAAUUUAUUAUAUAGAUCGAGGUUUUUCUCUGGGUGUACUGUGUCAUUGCAAGACUGUUAUAGGUGUUGUUCAGACCAAGGCACCAUAAAAACCAUAAGUUUAAUUACUUAAAUGUUUAAAGCAUUAAUAUUAGCAGACUCAAAAUCACUAUGAGUUGAUGAAUUAACUACAAAAAAAAAAAUUAAUAUUUAACACAAAAGACUGGAACAACUAAAAUUUGGGUGUAAUAUUUGGUGGAACAACUAAUUAAUGGAUAAUUUUGAAUAUUAGAAAUAAAGUUCAUUGGAACUAUAAAUUUGUGGUACUAAAGGUAGUGAUCUACUCAUCUUCUUUCCAUAGAAUUAUUCAUCUGAUGAUAAGUCAAUGCUUCUUUCAUAACAAUCUCAUUGUUUAUCACUGAUAACAUUUUGGCAGUCCGGAUCAAAAAGUCUGUGACGCAAUGAAACGUAUUGGUAAUUGUUAUGUUCACUUAGUUAAUGUAAAGGUGUAAAAUGAGUAAUAAUUUAUUGAAGACUAUUAUUUAUCCGCUAAUAAAAGUAAAAGUUUAUUCAUAAAAUUAAACUAUCAUUUAUAUAUUCAUAAUGGAUUAUGCUGUAUCAUUAAAUUGGCAUAAAUGGUUGUGUAAUUCUAUGCUUUCGGAUACUUCUAAAGAUUAAUCGAGAGAUUUAUAGUAAUACAAACAAUUAAGUUAAGAUUUUCAUGUUUCCAUAUCGGAAUAUAUCACCUUUGCAUAAAACUUUAUUCGGAAGCAAGAAUUAAAAAUCUUGAUCAAGUAUUUUGGGGCGCUUAAAUAUAUUAUUAACUAGUCAGUAAAAUAAUAAUAACAAUUGGAUACUCAAUACUAUUAUAAAAUUCUUAACAUUUUUGGAGUAAUGAAAUGAUACAAUUUUAGCGCUACAUAAAUCUUUCUUAAAAACAGUUGUGUUUUAAAUUUAAAAAGAUCAAUUAUUAACAAUUGAAGUGACUGAGUUUUAAGAUAAUUAGUACUGAAUGGUAUUUUAAACAAUAAUUUUGGUUGAAUAUUAAUAACACCUCGCAUUGAUGGCAUCAUAUGGAACAAUUACCAUUUUGCGACUGUCUUAAAAUAUCACAAAUGUAUAUCAUCGGACAAGUAAUCUUGAAAAAAUAUUUUUAUUUAGUUAUAUUUAUACUAUUAUUUUAAACUAUCGUUAGAAAACUUUUUAAUUUAUGUAAUUAUCAUCAAAAAAAUUAUUUUUUACCUGUUUUAUUGACGCAUUGUUAGAAUGACUCAUCAUGGGAUACCGAUUGCUGAAUAUGUUUACAUAGAACAUAUAAAAGAAUCUAGCAAAGGUAGUGUUGACGUUUACAAAGAAUUUUUGGAUAAAACUGAUACGGCAGCCAAAUAUCAUUAUGUAUAUUCUUUAUUGGAAAAGUAUAAUUGGUUACCAUCGUGGGACGGAGAUCGGAUUAAAUUGUCUCGAGCACAUCGCAGGUGGCGUAAACGAUUGCGCAAAGAACUCAAAACUCUUGGAGCCAAUGUGGAUAUGAACUGUUCUUCCAUGGAGAAAAACAAUAUCAUGGCCGAUAAAUUGAGAUCUCGGGGAAACGACGAAUUCAAAUCAAAUAAAAACGAAGAAUCAUUAAGUUUGUACACUAAGGCUUUGAUGGUGGCUCCUGUAGAUUCAGUUCAUUACGCUUUAGCUGUGGCAAAUCGAUCGGCUGUACUAUACCACAUGUGUGAAUAUUCCUGUUGUAUAAAAGAUGUGGAUCGUGCCUUGCUGUCUGGCAUGUACCCGCAAGAACUGACGUAUAAAUUAUUGGAAAGGAAGGGCAAUUGUUUUUGGAAACUAGGAAAAAAGACACAGGCUAUUCAAACGUAUUCGUUAAGUCUUACAGCUAUAAGUAAUACACAACUAUUAUAUUCGGAUAAACAAAAUAUUAAGAAAAGAAUCUUUGACAACAUAAAAAAAUGCCAGGAGUUGAGUACAAAAAACAAUUUCAAGAAGUCAAAAAAAAGAGUGUUGCGUUUUUUACAACACGCAAACAACAAUGUACCUUUAUUAUCCGAAUCCGUUAGAGCUACGCAACUAGAGAAAAUGGGGAGAGGAUUAACAGCUAUAAGGAAUAUAAUCCCUGGAGAAGUACUUGUUAUUGAAAAACCAUUCGCGGGAAUAUGCAAAAAUAACGAAUGGAAGUACAAUUGUAAUUAUUGCUUUAAGCGUUGUCUAGCAGCUAUUCCAUGUUCCAACUGUACCCAAGUACUAUAUUGUGACCAAACAUGCCUAGAAAAAGCAUACAACAGCUACCAUAAAAUUGAAUGCUCAUUUGUAUACCCCCUCAAAGGAGAUCCUACUGUUGAAUCAACUCAUGCUCUAGCUAUGCGUUGCUUCAUUCAAAUGACCAAUACUUUUGGUAUUGAAAGUUAUUGUUCCCAAGUUGAAGAGUUUGAAAAGAACCGAUCAAAUGGAAUAAAUUUUCAUGAAAUCAUGAUGACUGAUCAGUUUUAUUCUAUAUAUGGUUUGCAAGGAAAUGAAAAUACGAGAAGCGUUGAAAAUUUAUUUUUUAUAUAUUGUACGGCGUCUGUAAUGGUUUCACUAUUGCUCUUAAACGAAAGUUUUCACAUUAACGAGCAACUUUUUGAUACUGUAGGUAAAUCAUUAGUACAUUUGUUAUGCAUAACAAAUUUAAAUUCCUACGUAUCCAUGGAACUUCCGGCCGGAUAUUCAAGCAGGAAGACUAUCAAUAUACCAAAUGCCUGCACAAAUCUGACGACUAUUACUCUGAUACUUAGUCCCUUGUAUAGUCUGAUCAAUCAUUCGUGCGACCCCAACGUUAUUGUUCAUACCUAUGAUGGCAUUGAAGUUACCAGAGCGUUACAGCCUAUUCCUAAAGGUUCUCAGCUUUUCACUUGUUAUGGAAAUAAUUUUAUGUCGCGCUCUACACAAGAACGUAAAGCUUAUCUAUUAGAUCAAUUUGAUUUUCAUUGCAAAUGUCAAGCUUGUGAAGAUGAUUGGCCAGUUUACUUAUGGACAGACUCUUUUUUCUUAAGCGAACGUCAACCACUGGAUUUUAAGCUUCAUUGUUUACACCCGGACACGAUGGAAAAAUUCUAUGAAAUUUAUGAAAAGUUAUUACCUAGUCAAAGUGUGAAUUCAGACCAUUUAAGUUUCUUAUUUUCAUUUUUAUAUCAAUUACAAAAUUGUGUAAAAAAACCUAAUGCACUUUAUUACAAAUGUAUUGAAGUAAUCAAACAAUGUUUGUACUUUACCAUAAACGAAUUCACUGUAGAUGAUCAAAACAUAAUUGUAUAAUAAUCAUAGUUAUGCUUUGGUAAAAUUAAGGUUAACUAUAUUAAAUAACGACGUAAGGAAUUGCAAUUUUGUAGAAGCCAGACAAAUUGAGUAUUGAUUUUUCGGUUGCAUUAUAACGACGAUUACCCGAGAAUAUAUAUUAAUGUUUCCUCGUCAAAUAUUUAUAUAUUAAAAAAAUAUCAAAUAUUUAAUGACAAAAUAUUAGCUACCUGCCUAUAGUACGAGGAUAACAUCGAAUGUAUAUAUGUAAAAUACAAAACAUCUAACGUUGUCUCAUUAUGCAUUGUCGAAAUAAUUAUUAUGUAAGACAAACAUUGUUAAGUGAAAUGUCAUAAAGUGCAAUUUUGUGAUCCUACAUUACUCAUUAAUUGUACAUUUUAUUAAAAUUAAUAUGUUUAUAUUAUUGUAAUUAUUAAAUUUAACUAUGUGAAAGCUACUAGCACAGAUACCGUAAAUAUAAAUUAUUGUUCCUCUCUAAAAUAAAAAUUGCUGUUUAUUUUAAAGUAGAUUGUAAUUGUUAAAAUUUUUGUUAAAAGUAAAGUGUUUAUUUUCUACAGAAAAAUGUCUCCUCCAAAUUAUGAUACUUACAUUAACUUGAAGAUAUGGAAUACUUAUUAGGGUAAUUUUCUUUAAAACUGAUUAAUGUAUAGUUGGGUCAAUAAAAAGUUGUAUUUUAUUUAAAAUUUAAAAUUUUAUUACAUUUUUGAGAUUGUUAAAAAAUUAUUAUAUUAAGUUAAAGCAGCAACUGAAGCCUAGGUUAAAAUAACGCGCAAUAUAAUAUUUUUUUAAAUAAUAUGUAUUUUUUGUUUUAGUGGAAUAUUUUACUGAAUAAUUUCAAUAAAUCUUUGAAAUUAAAAAAAUCCUAUAAUAAACCUAUCCCCUAAUUUUAACACGAGAUCGGGCAAUCAAUAAAUUAAUUAAGCCACUUAGAAUGUACUUCUACCAUACUUUAAAAUCUAUGAAUUAGUUAGAGUGUUUUUCCGCCCAGACAUCAAAUAUUGUUGUUUUCAGAAUCGUAUAAAUGGAUGUUCGGGGUAUAUUUGAAUAUAAAUUUGUUUUGUAUCAUUAUAAUAUUUAGUUAAGUUAUAAAAAGAUCAGAUUAUUUUUUUAAAAG